AAUCACGCCCCCUUUGCCAGCGACUUCCGCUUCUGUGUACAGCCCAAGCUACACACUAAAUUCUUACUCAUCUCUCUGGACUUGCCAAAACAUUCACUCUGAACACACCGCCGAGAUUACUAUUUCACGUUGUCUUAACAACGCCAAAGGUACUGAACUCUGAAGUUACAUCAGCUCGCUGCCUAUAAACAACAGAUUUGUUCUGAUUGACAUCUUCCAUUGUCAUUCUUCUGGAAUUGAACAAUCUGCCAAACACUCAACGUGAACUUGAGUUUUUGACAUUAUCUUCAUAUUGAACGAACACCGUGGUGGCGAUACUCCAGAGGGACUUUCACCAACAGGCCUCCCUCCAGAGGAACUCUGAGGAACCACUGCCAAAAGGAACAUGUGCUAGAAGUUGAACAUCUGUCCUGAACGACUGGUCAGCUUUGACUCUAGAAGAUGAGCAAUGAGGAUGAGUUCUUCGACGCCGUCACAGGCCUGGAUUCGGACGAGUCGUGUGAGGGCGUGUCAGAGGCCAGUUUCAAAGAUGCACAAGUGUUUGAUGGCAGCAGUCAGAAGAACAAUGGAUCAGUACCACAAGAGAACGGCAUCAAGAAACACAGGACAUCUUUACCUGCACCCAUGUUUUCCAGAAACACUAUUAGUGUCUGGAGUAUCCUGAAGAGAUGUAUUGGACUGGAGCUGUCCAAGAUCACGAUGCCCAUCGUGUUCAACGAGCCUCUGAGCUUCCUGCAGAGAAUCACCGAGUACAUGGAACACACUUACCUCAUCAACAGAGCCUGCUCACUGUCCGACUCCAUAGAACGCAUGCAGGCAGUAGCUGCUUUUGCUGUGUCAGCGGUUGCAUCUCAGUGGGACCGAACUGGAAAACCCUUUAACCCUCUGCUGGGGGAGACCUACGAACUCACCAGAGAGGAUCAGGGUUUCCGGCUGGUGUCGGAACAGGUUUCCCAUCAUCCUCCAAUCAGUGCCUUCCACGCUGAGAGCCUGAUCGGGGACUUUGUCUUCCACGGCUCCAUCUACCCCAAACUCAGGUUCUGGGGCAAAAGUGUUGAGGCAGAGCCGAAAGGGACCAUCACACUAGAGCUUCUCAAGCACAGCGAGGUGUACACAUGGAGUAACCCUUUCUGCUGUGUGCACAACAUCAUCCUGGGCAAACUGUGGAUAGAGCAGUAUGGCACAGUGGAAAUCAUCAACCACAGCACUGGAGACAAGUGUGUGUUGACCUUCAAGCCAUGUGGGAUGUUUGGCAAAGAGCUUCACAAAGUGGAGGGAUACAUCCAAGACAAGAGUAAAAAGAAGCUCUGUGUAAUUUACGGGAAGUGGACCGAGUGCAUGUGGAGCGUCGACCCUCAGGCUUAUGAGGCCCACAAGAAGUCGGAGAAGAAAGGAGAUAACAAAAAACAAAAAAAUGAGGAGCCUAACGGAGCCGAGAAUGAUGACGCCGACGACAUGCCUGAAGUCCAGGAGACGGUGUCUGUCGUACCAGGAAGCACUCUGCUGUGGAGGAUAGACUCCAGACCGGCACACUCUGCUGCGAUGUACAACUUCACAAACUUUGCAAUGUCUCUCAAUGAGCUGGAGCCUGGGAUGGAGGCCUUCUUGGCCCCCACCGACUGUCGAUUCAGGCCUGAUAUCAGAGCCAUGGAGAAUGGCAACAUGGAUGAGGCCAGUAAAGAAAAAGAAAGAUUGGAGGAGAAGCAGAGAGCAGCCAGAAAGGAGCGAGCCAAGAAUGAUGAGGAGUGGUCUACUCGGUGGUUUCAGAUGGGCACUAACCCCUACACGGGCUCACAGGAGUGGAUCUACAGCGGUGGCUACUUCAAUAGGAACUACCAAGACCUGCCUGAUAUCUACUGAUAGCCUGCUAGCCUUCAUCCUCCUCCUCCUGAAUAAAAAUAAGAAUCCACAUACCCAUGUUUACUCCCAUCCCCAUCUCACUGCCUUCACCCAGCGCAGAUCGGAAAGACUUAAAAAGGAGCCAAAUGCCCGUCACUUGGUGCCUACUGAGUCUACAGUAGAAGUGUUUCUCGUGUUUCACUUGGAAAUGACAAACCAUCUCCAUGUCAGACUCAACAUGUUGUGAAGUUUCUUCACCUGUUGACCAGCAAACGUCUCCCAUCUCUCUGCCCCGACAUCGUUUAGAGCACAAUAACCAUUUUAUCCCCGACCAAUCCCAGCGGCAGAGAGUUGGUAACUUUUAACAGCUGCGGUCUGAAUGUGUAACAUCUUUCCAGUCAAACUCUUUUCUCUGAGGAACUGCUGGUUAAGCCUGUGGAAGGGCACCAUUUAAAAAUGUAUGAGUAAAAGCAGCAUUCACUAAGCUAUAAUAAUCACAGUGAUGGAUUUAUGGACUUGGAGAGACACCCAGUCAGCGGGGAAAUCAGGGACGUGAAUGCUCCUUUGACUGAAGAUGGAUCAUGAGGAUGCUUUUAUUUUGUAUGUUUGGAAACUUUUAAAGUCUUAAAUACUCAAAAAUAAAUAUAGGUAACAUAUAAAAGAACAAAAUGGGCUUACUGUUGGUUAAAUUGGUCAAGACAAAUCAAUUUGAAGCAUGAACUCAGUACUGUCCAUGCGUCAUAUCCCUUUAAAACAUUUAGUAUUCGCUCUUGCUCUCCUGUUAGCCUUCUAGUCGAGGUUUAUUUCUCAAAAUGAAUCAAGAAAACUAAAAAAAACCUGAUGAUUCCUUGACAGUGGAGCCAAAUUUGAUGCUUGAGUAGGAUCAGACCUAUGAAACUACUUGCAAACUAGCAUGUUCUUCCUUCUUGAAAACACAUGAAUGACCACAGGAAACACCUGAGCCCCACAAAAGGUCACUCUGCUGUCUUUACACUCCACCUUGAGCUCCAGUUUGUGUGCAAGAACAGUUUUCGGUUUAACACACCAGGAGCAAAUGUACGAUGAACAAUCCCUACUGCGUGCUUCUAAUGUGAAUUAGUUUUUGUGUGGGCUUCUAGAAGAAAAAAAAUGGAGAUGUCAGAGUUCUGAGAAUUUGAAAACAUUUCAGCUGAAUGUUUGUUAGGCAUGGAUCACUGGCUACUAAGUCUUAGCUGAGGUUUACUGAAUCCUUAAAUAGGCUUCAGACGAGUGCAGAAAAUCAGAUUUUUUUCCACUUUCUAGUUUAUUGUCUUGACAAGGAAGCAAAGUCUCUUCGUGUCCAGUGCCGAUUUUAAUGCACAUCUGUUGUUACACCUCCACAGGCCAUCAGAUUUAAGUAGGAGUCACCUGUACGUACUUGCAACACGACCCGAAAAACCAGAAAUACGUGAAGCCUGAUGUUCUGCUCCUACUUGUGCAUGUAAAUCUGAUCCGGUAUGACUAAAUUCACUCCUGAAGAGUUCUUUAUCAGUCAUUUUAUAACAGAUAUUUAUCCCCACCGCCAUCAGUGGUAGAGUGAAUAGCAGUAAAUUAAAAAUCAUGGAAUAUAUGAAGUACCAGUAACCAUACAUGCAUACAUUCAUUUUGUCAAUCAGUGUAUGAAUAUGUACAAACACUUAAAGCCAUAUUACUUACAGGAGAGCGUAUGAGAAUGAGAAAAUAUGAAAGUUUGACAUUAUUAUUAAUCUCACUAUCAUUAGCGCAUGAUUAAACAUUUUUUCAUGUCAGUGUAAUAUAAUGUCACAAUAGAUAUUCUACUCUUUGAUUGGAUAGAUGGAUGAUGGUUUUGUCUAAAAAUGUCACUGAAACAAAAAAAAAAAACGAGAGAGAAGCAGACCUCAGAGGAAAGUAAAACAGGCCUGUUGUCUCAUCCAUGUGUUUAGCCAUUGCUUUCAGUCAUCUUCCAACACAGUGUACUAAAUAUAGGAGAAAAAAAAACACCUUCCUAGUGAAUGCUGGCACAAGAACAGAUGAAAAUGACUGUUAAAAGUUCUGCAGCUGGAUGCACAAGAGUAUUUUUAAACUUUAUGUACAGAAACCGGUAAUUUGAUGAGACAAACGGUGCGUUUUUUUUUCUUCACGUAUAAAUCUACGCCCAAAUGAGCUACAACAUUAGGACUCCACUCAUCAAAUAUUCAUUUAUUUACAUUCCAACUGAGCAGGACUCAAAUCGUCAUUCAGUUUUGGGGAUAAAGGCGGUAGAGGAAAAAGAUUUUACUUUCAGUUUAUGGGAUGUUUGUGCUGAUGAACGCUGAAUUUACAUGUAAAAAAAUAAAGAUCCACUACUUAAAGAACAAAAAGCAAACCAGAAUUACUAAUCUUCUCAUCCAUUGCUUUGCGAGUGUCUAAGCAGAUACAGCUGAAGGUUUGAAUGUGGCUGGUUUAAAUUAAUGGCUACAUGUAGAUUAAAAAGGUUACAACUCUGCAGACUAUCUUCACUCCAUAGUACACACAUUUCAUACCUUCAGACCUGCUUGUGCGUGUGAAAACUGGACUUUCUGACAGCAAACCUUUAUUGAAAAUGUUCCUCUGGGGUAAAUAAAACCAUGGAUAAACAGUGUAACAUCUGCUGAGGUUGAAUCCGAUUUUCUGAAAUUUUCCACAAUGCUCACAAUUUUACCACAAUUCCUUUGUUGCCGUAUAAAAUCACGUUUUCACCAGUGCAUUUAGGAGUUUCUAAAACCCAACUCUAUGCAAUGUCUGCACCUCAAAAUGAAGAGCACUUGAUCUGAUCUGUUAUUGUACAGUAGCUUUAUGUUCCUCUCACCCCCGCAGCACAAACACCUUCAACUCCUCAGCUUCACUAGUCGGAUGUAUCUCGAAAUAUUUGCCUUCUUAGUUUAUUUUUAAUAUAUUCCAGAUGAUUGAACUUGUUAAACUACUUGGCACUACAACUAGCCAUGCUGUCACAUCUUCACCUAACUUACUUUUCUAUUAUGUCCGUUUUAAAAAUUGUAUUUCCGUGUCAUGCUUAGUGCCUGGAUUUGUCAGCUUUUCAUUCCUUUUUUUAAUUCAUGUGUAGUAUUUAUGAUGUUUCAGGUUUUAUGAAUGAUUUCUGUGCUCAUUUUUCUUGUUUCUUGCUAAAAUGUCUCUUAAUUUCUUUAUUUUACCUAAACACAAUUCCCAGCAGUUUAGAAGAGUAGAGUGUCUAAUCAGGCCUUGAAGCAAACAUCAUUCAGCAGUUUGAACACUUGUACGUUUGACUGUGGUUGUUAAUCUGUUUUACUAGCCAGUACAGUAUGUAGGGUGGCAGACUGGGUGUUGAGUUUGCUUAUUAUAAAUAUGUUUGGCUGCACAAAUAAAACUCAAUCUAUUUAAUUUCAUCCCAAAAAGAAAAUCCCUAUUUUGAUUGGGUGUGAUUAAAAAGCUGUUCUAGAAACACUACUCACGGUGAAAUCAAACACUUGUCAAAUGCUACAGCUGUACAUUUCUGUCAUUUUUUUACCGUAAAGCCAUUUUAACUAUAGGUAAAAUGGUUAAUGCGGCUUGUAAACGUAGAAAGCGGUCACUUUCAUCAGUGCAGAUUCAGGCUCUACCAGCUACAUGACUAACUUUAACUAGUUUCUGCUUUCAUGUUGCUUCGAGUGUCGACUCUUUCUGUUAAAAACGUCUUCUGUUGAAUUUUUAUUUCUCUUGGACUUUCACGUGGUUGACGAUGUUAUGUAUGCGUACAAGUGUUGCACAGAGGUAAUCACAAGCAAAAUGGCAUAUUAUUUUGUGCAAUUGAUUUAUUUUUAUAGUAUUUAAACAGUUUUUUGGUGAGUACGUUGUACCAGAUGUCUUAUUUUGAGGUGGGGGACUAUAAGGGGGUCGUAUCCAUAUUGCAGACAGCUUGUUAGAUUAAUGAAUGGGGGAAAUGUCUACUAAUAAAAUCCUAAUUUCA